AAAAAAGAAAUGAUGAAAGAAGAAAAAGAAAGAAAAUGCAGAUGAAAUCUCGAUUCCCAGUGGCCCCGUCCAUUGUAAAUAGCAGAUUGAUCGCCCCUCGGUUCGGUAGUCACUUGCUGUGUUUGAGCCCAUCCUUUCUUUUCUUUUCCUCAAAUUACUUGUGUAUUAGCUGCCACUAUCGAUUCGCCCAUCCAUGACCAUGGUUUUCCAGGGCAAUCCACCGAAUGUCCCCCGGAAUGUUGACCGGAAAGCCCUCUAUACCGAUCUCGAGGCACGCGUCCACUACUUGCAGCAAUUUCUGGAGUUCAAUACCGAUGAUGUCGCUGCCCUAAACAAGGGGUCCAAAUAUAUCAAGGCGCUGGCGCCUACCUUGGUCGAUCGAGUCUAUGCCAAGCUUCUGGAGUUUGAUAUCACCGCUCGGGUCUUUCGCACACGCAGCACCUCCUCGGAGGAGGAGGUGACCAGCUAUCCCACCUUUGACAGUGGCUAUAUCCAGCGCCGCCGAAUGUUUCUGCGGUGGUACAUGACCAAGCUCUGCUCCGACCCUACCAAGCCGGAAUUCUAUCAGUACCUUAACCAAGUCGGGCGAAUGCACACCGGCAAAGACCGCAUGCUUGCGUUCAAUGUGGAAUACAUUCACAUCGGCGCUUGCCUCGGCUUCAUCCAGGACAUCAUCAUCGAGGCCGUUUUCAGCCACCCACAUCUUACGCUCGCCUUUAAGAUGGCGCUUGUCAAGGCCUUGAGCAAGGUGAUCUGGAUUCAGAACGAUCUUUUCGCCCGCUGGCGGGUCCGUGAUGGCGAGGAGUUCAGUGACGAGACCGAGUCUGUCCAUCACGAGCCUUCUGGGAAAGAGCAGCAUGACGAUUCAGCCUCGCACAUCACUCGCUCGACCACACAGCAGUCGGAAUCCACCAGUAUCUUCUCCGAUACACGGUCGGUGGACACGGCGACCACGCAUGCCACGGCCACGAUGCACGCUCCGAGCUCGUCUCAUUCCUCCCACUCGGCCUGUCCGUUCUCGGGGGGCUUCAAGCAAUCGUUUGAAACCAAGGUCUGGUCAGGGCCCAAUGGGAAAAUGGGUCACUAAUCUACUCCAACCGUGAAGUUGACGAGUUUCAUUUGGAUAUAGGUAAAUAAGGUGUAAGAACAUAUGGGAACCUUUUGGGGUACGAUGGGGAUGACAACGGAUUUCUGGGAAAAGAUUCUGGAGGGUGUUCACUGUAUAGGUUUUCUGGUGUUUGGCCUGCGUGCUCUUUUUCUGCUGUUUUCUUGCUUAAGUUAGCUUGCUUCUGCUAUCCUUUGAUUCCCCUGGCCUGGUAACGAUCGGACUGCUUUUCUUUCUUUCAAAACUCCAUGUUGUAGACAUAUUAUUUAGUCAUAUAAGCAGACCCCG